AUGUCGGAGCGCAUUGAGCAGCGCUACUGCAUUAAGUUCUGCUACAAGCUUGGUGAUACACAAGUGCAAACUGUCCAGAAGAUUCAGCAAGUCUUUGGCGAUGAAGCCAUGGGAAUAACACAGAUAAAGGAGUGGUAUAAUCGCUUCAAGCAAGGACAAACCUCAGUUGAGAGCAAGCCACGGUCAGAAGUAGGAAUAAGCACAGGAUCAGUUCAUACGAUUUUAACGGAAGAUUUGGCCAUACGACGAGUGUUUGCUAAAUUCGUUCCCAAGUUGCUGGUGGAACAGCAGAAACAACUCUGCCUGGAAAUUGCACAAGACCUGCUUGACUGUGCUAACAGUGACUCUGACUUCAUGAAGACUAUCAUCACUGGUGAUGAGACAUGGGUGUAUGGAUAUAACCCGAAAACUAAAUUUCAGUCAUCACAAUGGAAGCAUCAGACAUCACCAAGACCCAAAAAAGCACGACAGGUUCGCAGCAAUGUCAAGGUAAUGUUGACAUGUUUUUUUGACUCCAAUGGUAUUGUGCAUCGUGAAUACGCACCAGCAGGACAAACAAUUAAUAAGGAGGAUUAUCGGCAGCGCGAAACUGGCAACUGCUCCAUGACAAUGCACCUGCUCAUUCUGCCCACUUGA